AUGAACGGGGCACGACGCGGAUAUCCGGACGUGCCAAAUAAUGGGCCACAGACGAACAAUAUUAUAUGGGCUUUCACUGCCGUCGCAACAGCUUUCCUCGGCCUCCGUAUGAUCUGUAAAUACAGGAGACAUAGUCACAUUUGGAGUGACGAUUGGUUCCUGGUGGCAUCCUGGGUACUCCUCGUCAUUUCGUGCAUUCUCGUCAGCAUCAGUAUAACCGAUGGCUUCGGAAAACACGAUAGAGACAUCAACCCGGAAGUUCUUAGCGAUCUCGGAUUACGUAGCGUCGUCGUGGGUUCUCUGUACACGAUCAGCUCAGCGUGGAGUAAAACUUCGUUCGCAAUCUCGCUGCUUCGACUUGCGACGUCACGCAUGCGUAUCUUGAUCUGGUCUAUCAUAGUCUCCAUGAACGUGUUCUUGCACAUGUCUGCUGUGUUGACCUGGGCUUCUUGCCGACCUAUUGAAAAAUUAUGGAAGCAUACCCCUGAAGGAGAGUGCUGGCCACCGGAGAUCAUCAUGCCAACGGGUAUAUUUUUCAACGGUACGUCUUCCCAUUUCAUGCGUGUUGGAGCUAGUUGUCCCUUGGCAAAUAGCAAUAUCCGCAAGACGCGGUUUCUAAGUGCCGUUUUAGCGUAUUCCGGCUUCGCGGAUUUGGUUCUCGUUCUCCUGUCCUGGAGUAUCGUGAUGAAAUUGCGGAUAGACUUCAAAGAAAAGAUAGGCGUUGGUAUUGCCAUGAGCAUGGGACUAUUUGCUGGCGGCGCGGCAAUUUUCAAGACGAUCGAAUUAACCGCCAUUGACGAACGUGAUUUCAAUUACCAGGGUUCUAAGUUGAUAGUCCGCAACGUAGCGGAAAUCGCAACUACCAUAAUCGCUGCCUCCAUUCCGGUCCUACGCACUCUUGUUUGUAACCUAGCUUGGAACCGUGGUAAUGGUGCUGCAACAGGUCGUAGAUAUUUUCGAUCUGUUCUACGUAGAGAUAACAGAACGGCAAAUGUCGAGGCUGGUAUGAUUAGAAUGGAAACAAUGAGCGGAAGUGCCGGCGUUUCUUCUGCCACGAGUGGCUCGAGGAAGUUAGGGUCGAGAGGAGAAAGUGGCCGAAUAACUUAGCUGGCGACGAAAGCUUUCCUCAUUCUA